AGGCGGAAAAGGGCCACAGAGGAAAAAGACACAGAGAAGCCAGCUCUUCACAGUCGUUACUGUGGUGUCCUUUCAGGAACUCCACUGAAAUUAAAGUUAAAGAAAUAUAGAAUCUGUCAGUCAACAAGUACAAGUUUGGGAAAAGAGAUGAUAGCAGUUUAGAGACAUCAACAGAAUUUUGGUAAAUGGAAAGGACAGGAAAAGUGACAGCUAAUUUAACAAUGGACUGUGGAGAUGGUUGCCCAACUGUAGAAAUUUAUUAAAACUGAUGGAAUAGUACACUCAAAUGGCUGCAUUUUGUGGCAUAUAAAGGAAGAUCUAGGUCUAAAAAAGUACCAGAAAGUGGACGAGGGAAGCGAUAUUCAUACAAAUUGCCUCAAGAGUACAACAUAGAGACUGUAGUGGUUGCAGACCCAGCAAUGGUUUCCUAUCAUGGAGCAGAUGCAGCCAGGAGAUUCAUUUUAACCAUCUUAAAUAUGGUUUUUAACCUUUUCCAACACAAGAGUCUUGGUGUGCAGGUCAAUCUUCGUGUGAUAAAGCUUAUUCUCCUCCAUGAAACUCCAGCAGAUCUCUAUAUUGGGCACCAUGGAGAGAAAAUGCUAGAGAGUUUUUGUAAGUGGCAACAUGAAGAAUUUGGCAAGAAGAAUGAUAUACAUUUAGAGAUGUCAACAAGCUGGGGGGAAGACAUGACUUCAGUGGAUGCAGCUAUACUUAUAACAAGGAAAGAUUUCUGUGUACACAAAGAUGAACCAUGUGAUACCGUUGGUAUAGCUUACUUGAGUGGAAUGUGCAGUGAAAAGAGAAAAUGUGUUAUUGCUGAAGACAACGGCCUGAAUCUUGCAUUUACAAUUGCUCAUGAAAUGGGUCACAACAUGGGCAUUAAUCAUGACAAUGACCACCCAUCAUGUGCUAAUGGUCUUCACAUCAUGUCUGGUGAAUGGAUUAAAGGACAAAAUCUUGGUGAUGUUUCAUGGUCUCGAUGCAGCAAGGAAGAUUUGGAAAGAUUUCUCAGGUCAAAGGCCAGUAACUGUUUGCUACAAACAAAUCCUCAGAGUAUAAAUUCUGUGAUGGCUCCCUCUAAGCUGCCGGGGAUGACAUACACUGCUGAUGAGCAGUGUCAGAUCCUCUUUGGGCCAUUGGCUUCCUUUUGUCAGGAGAUGCAGCACGUUAUUUGCACAGGAUUAUGGUGCAAGGUAGAAGGUGAGAAAGAAUGCAAAACCAAACUAGAUCCACCAAUGGAUGGAACUGAUUGUGACCUUGGUAAGUGGUGUAAGGCUGGAGAGUGCACCAGCAGGACCUCAGCACCUGAACACCUGGCUGGAGAGUGGAGCCUGUGGAGUCCCUGCAGCCGAACUUGCGGUUCUGGGAUCAGCAGUCGAGAGCGCAAAUGUCCUGGGCUAGGUUCUGAGGCAAGGGAUUGUAAUGGUCCCAGAAAACAAUACAGAAUAUGUGAGAAUCCACCUUGUCCUGCAGGUUUGCUUGGAUUCAGAGACUGGCAAUGUCAGGUCUAUAGUGUUAGAACUUCACAUCCAAAGCAUGUACUUCAGUGGCAAGCUGUCUUGGAUGAAGAAAAACCAUGUGCCUUGUUUUGCUCUCCUGUUGGAAAAGAACAACCUGUUCUUUUAUCAGAAAAAGUGAUGGAUGGAACUUCUUGUGGAUAUCAGGGGUUAGAUAUCUGUGCAAAUGGGAGAUGCCAGAAAGUUGGCUGUGAUGGUUUCUUAGGGUCCCUUGCAAGGGAAGAUCAUUGUGGUAUAUGCAAUGGCAAUGGAAAAUCAUGCAAAAUCAUUAAAGGAGAUUUUAAUCACACCAGAGGAGCAGGUUACGUAGAAGUCCUGGUGAUACCUGCUGGAGCAAGAAGAAUCAAAGUCGUGGAGGAAAAGCCAGCACAUAGCUAUUUAGGUAACCUGUGUUACAGACACAGAGCUGAUCCAACACUCCGGGAUGCUGGCCAACAGUCUAUUAAUAGUGACUGGAAGAUUGGACACUCUGGAGCCUUCAGCUUAGCCGGGACUACUGUUCAUUACGUAAGACGAGGCCUCUGGGAGAAGAUCUCCGCCAAAGGUCCCACCACUGCAGCUUUGCAUGUCCUGGUGCUCCUGUUUCAGGAUCAGAGUUACGGUCUUCACUAUGAGUACACUGUCCCAUCAGACCCUGUUCCAGAGAACCGGAGCUCUAAAGCACCCGAGCCCCUCUUCAUGUGGACACACACAGGCUGGGAAGAUUGUGAUGCCACGUGUGGAGGAGGAGAAAGGAAGACAACAGUGUCCUGCACAAAAAUCAUGAGCAAAAAUAUCAGCAUUGUGGACAACAAGAAAUGCAAAUAUUUAACCAAGCCAGAGCCACAGAUUCGAAAGUGUAAUGAACAGCCAUGUCAAAUGAGGUGGAUGAUGACAGAAUGGACCCCCUGUUCACGAACUUGUGGGAAAGGGGUGCAGAGCAGACAAGUGGCCUGUACCCAGCAACUGAGCAACGGGACUCUGAUUCGAGCCCGGGAACGGGACUGCGUGGGGCCCAAGCCCGCAGCGGCGCAGCGCUGUGAGGGCCAGGACUGCAUGACCGUGUGGGAGGCGGGGGUGUGGUCUGAGUGCUCUGUCAAGUGCGGCAAAGGUGUCCGCCACCGCACCGUGAGGUGCACUAACCCAAGGAAGAAAUGUGUUUUCUCCACCAGACCCAGGGAGGCCGAGGACUGUGAGGACUAUUCCAAGUGCUACGUGUGGCGAAUGGGUGACUGGUCUAAGACCUCGCAUCUCUUCCAGUGCUCCGUCACCUGUGGCAAAGGGACGCAGUCCCGUGUCAUCCAGUGCAUGCACAGGGUCACGGGGAGACAUGGAAACGAGUGCUUUUCUUCAGAGAAGCCCACAGCAUAUAGGCCGUGCCACCUUCAGCCCUGCAAUGAGAAGAUCAACGUAAACACCAUAACGUCCCCCAGACUGGCUGCUCUAACUUUCAAGUGCCUGGGAGAUCAGUGGCCCGUGUACUGCCGGGUGAUACGCGAGAAGGACCUCUGCCAGGACAUGCGGUGGUAUCAGCGCUGCUGCGAGACGUGCAGGGACUUCUACGCCCAAAGGCUGCGGCAGAAGAGCUGACUGCUGGCGGACUGGCUGGCUCACGGCUCUUUGCAAUUACUUUAUUUAUAAACACACACACUAGCAUGUUUUUCAGACCAAAUAUUAUCAGAUUACAUAUAAUUUAAUCAAAUUAAUUUAUUUUUUUUUUGCCUGCCAAACAUCCAAUGUGGUGCUUGUUUUGAUUAUGCAAACAUUUUUGAUUUAUACUGUAUGGCUUCAUGAAUAAUUUUAUAUAAAUAGUUAAGUUGGAUCCAAUAACAUAUUUUUAAACAAGGAAAAAAAGAUCAUUAGACUUAAAAAAAUGUUUUUGUUCGUUAGGGCUGUCUCUAAGAUGCUACUUUCUCCCCAUCAGCACCAUUCAGUUAUCCAGAAUGUAUACUAACUUAGCAUAAUAGUUUAGUUAUAUAUGGAGAGAAAUUAUUUUUGUUUUCUUGGUGUCCUGCUGCAGAAUUAGCCCAUUUUCUGUAAUCUGCAGAUGUGUAAACAUAACAAACCUCGUAGUGUUAAACAGGAUUUUAGAGAAUGUAUUAUGAAUUUGGUUCAGAUUUAGAAACAUCCAUAGGAAAAUUCUGCUGUACUUAUAACCUUAUUUUAAUAACGGAAAAGAAAAGUCAAAGUAGAGACUUUGAUCAUGUUCAUGAACAUGUACUUGAACACAAGUAUUGUAACAAUGAAACACUGUAAUGAUUUACACUGAAUCACCAUUGCACUGUUGAUAUAGUGUAGAGAAACCAUUAGAAGUGAUAACAUCUUACAAAAAUGUAUAUUAUUUUAACAUGUUGUUAUUAGAUUUUAGCUUUCUUAUAAUAUUUUAAACAAUGGAGGCAUUGGUCCACCCAUUUUCUUGUAUCUUUUUAGAAGAAUUAUGGAAGAGAAUAGUACUUAGCCUCAUAAAUCAUAAUGAGAAAAUUUACUAAAUAUUUGUCAGCCUUUUUCUUAGGAAUGGGGAAAAACAAAAAAGCAUAUAAUACUGUGGUAGUUUCAUUGUGGGUUUUUUCCUUUUAAAAAUUGAAAAGUUUUACAAUUCUGUGAAACGUUGAAAAGCCAGCUUAAAAUGUUUCUUGUGAGAAAAUAUUGUACAUGAGUCACAUGAUUUCUUAGAUUUUACAAUAAAAUAUGUGAAGCUUCCUGGUGGGAGAUUAUUCUUCAUAGACUUCUCAUGAUUCCACACAUCAAGCAAAGGUAUUGCCCACUUGUGCUCUGGAGUAUCUUCUAAAAGAUUUCUAUAUAAUGAACUGCCUUGGAAGAUAGAAAUAGUGUUUCUCUUUGGAGCAAAUGGCAAACAUGCUUCUUAUUAUUAAAAGUUCCAGGGUCCCUGGGUUUCUUUCUAAUAUUAAUAAUAUAACUCAAUGCAUAUACAGGUGUCACCUGGCUCUCUUUCCGACACUCUGUGGGAAUUGGGGCUCAGGGAAUCAAUUCAGGAAAGUGCUAAUUUCUUGGCUACUACUAUUGCUGUAAGUAAUAAAGUCCUUUGUCUUUAACUCAGAAGUCUCAUGUCUUCUGCCCUGAAAAUGUGGCAGGUUAACUCAAUAGGUUUCAAGUAGGGUAAAAUCUCAAAACCUUCAGUUUUUGUACUUUUGUUAUUAAUAUUUUUCACCUUCAUUUUAAUAAAACUGCUUUAAUAUUGGGGUCAUUUUGUUUCUAGGUUGUCCCUUACUAUGUAAAACCUUUAUUUUCAUUGCUGAGAUAGAAGAUUAACCAGUAUCAGCAAAUUUCAUAUGAGAUAGUAGUGAAUGGGAGGAGGGAAAAUUGAAAUAGUAAGAGGAGGAACUCCUAAUUCUAUCCUUUGAUUCUUGAAUGCAUGAAUCUAGGUAGAAAUAGCAUAAUAUAUUGAAUGAUGAUUCAGAACACAUACAUCUAAGGAUAUUAUUUCAGAUCUCCAAAGUUUUUACCCAGCUGGUGCCAGAUUAAAUCUUUUAUAAAAAGAUAUUGUAUUAUUCUCUUAGGCCAUCUGCUUUAAGGUGAUGGGGAGCAUAGUAAUACUAGACAUUUACAUGAGCAGGAGCCCAUCACCACGUUUUAUUUGCUGUUAAAAGAAUUCCCUGAACAGAAACGAUAUUAUGUGGAAUACAGUAAUAGUGAAUGAGACAUCCGUUAAGUACACAGAUGGUAUUUUGGCAGAAGCAUUGGAGGCUGGGAAGGCAAAUCCAUUUUCAGAGCAAGUGACUAUUUCUGAAAGAACAAGCCACUGCCU